CAGAGCAGUUAGUGUUUAUUGACCACUGUUAUUGACUGCCGGCGUUUUAUCUUUUUUGUGUAGUAAUUUAACAUUCAGUCUGUGGUUGUUAAGCUAAUUACUUAAUUCGACUUAACUCUUUUCAAAUUAAAAAUGGCAUCUCCCGGCGAUUUAGCUUUGUUAAGUGUAUCAAAUAAAACUGGUUUAAUAACACUCGGAAAAAAUUUAAGUGAUCUUGGAUUAACAUUGGUAGCCAGUGGAGGAACUGCAAAAUCUUUACGUGAAGCUGGUCUUAAAGUAAAAGAUGUCUCAGAAAUUACGGGUGCCCCAGAAAUGUUGGGUGGACGUGUUAAAACACUCCACCCUGCUGUUCAUGGGGGUAUCUUAUCUAGAUUAAUUUCAUCAGAUCUCGCUGAUUUAGCUGCCCAAAAAUAUGAUUUAAUUCGAGUUGUUGUUUGUAAUUUGUAUCCAUUUGUGGAUACCGUUUCAAAAACAGGCGUAACAAUAGAAGAUGCAGUUGAAAAUAUUGAUAUUGGUGGGGUAACAUUGUUACGUGCAGCUGCCAAAAAUCAUGCACGUGUCACAAUUUUAUGUGACCCAAAUGAUUAUGAUAAAGUUUUGGAUGAAAUGAAAAAUUCAACGAAUAAAGAUACUUCAUUAAACACUAGGCAAACAUUGGCGUUAAAAGCAUUCACACAUACAGCAGACUACGAUUUAGCGAUUUCUGAUUAUUUCCGUAAACAGUAUUCAGCUGGUGAAUCACAAUUAACUUUACGUUAUGGAAUGAAUCCUCACCAAAAACCCGCUCAAUUAUUUACUACUUUAUCAAAAUUACCAUUGACAGUUGUUAAUGGAUCCCCAGGUUAUAUUAACCUAUGUGAUGCCCUAAAUGGAUAUCAACUUGUUAAAGAAUUAAAGCAAGCAUUAGGAUUACCAGCAGCUACAAGUUUUAAACAUGUAUCGCCAGCUGGAGCUGCAGUUGGAAAUCCUUUAAAUUUGGAACAAGCAAAAUUGUGUAUGGUUGACGAUUUAUUAGAACAAUUAACACCAAUUGCAACUGCAUAUGCACGUGCCCGUGGUGCCGAUCGUAUGUCUUCAUUUGGUGAUUUUGUUGCAUUAAGUGACGAAUGUGAUUUACCAACGGCUAGAAUUAUUUCACGUGAAGUAUCUGAUGGUAUUAUUGCUCCAAGUUACAGUGCCGAAGCUUUGGAAGUAUUAAAGAAAAAGAAAAAUGGAGGAUAUUGUAUUUUACAGAUUGACCCCACCUAUGAACCUAAACCAAUCGAACAAAAAAUCUUGUUUGGUUUAACAUUAGAACAACAACGUAAUAAUGCCAUAAUCGAUAAGACAUUAUUCUCAAAUAUUGUAACAAAAAAUAAAAGCUUACCAGAAUCAGCUGUACGUGAUUUAAUUGUUGCAACAAUUGCAUUAAAAUACACGCAAAGUAAUUCAGUAUGUUAUGCACGAGAUGGGCAAGUGAUUGGAAUCGGUGCUGGUCAACAAUCACGUAUUCAUUGUACACGUUUAGCUGGUGAAAAAGCUGAUAAUUGGUGGUUGCGUCAACAUCCAAAUGUAUCUGGCAUGAAGUUUAAGAAAGGUGUUAAGCGGGCUGAAAUCUCAAAUUGUAUUGAUAAUUAUGUGAAUGGUACCGUUGGUAAGGAUAUGGAUGCUGCAUUAUUUGCAUCCAUGGUAGAAGUUGUCCCGAAACCAUUAACUGAAGCUGAUAAACAAGAACAUAUGAAAAAAUUGUCUGGUGUUGCGUUAGGAUCUGAUGCAUUCUUCCCAUUCAGAGAUAAUAUUGAUCGAGCUAGAUUGAGCGGCGUAUCCUACGUUGGAAGUCCAGCAGGUUCAACCAAUGAUCAAGCUGUCAUUGAUGCAUGUAAUGAACAUGAUAUUGUAUUAGCUCACACUAAUUUACGAUUGUUCCAUCAUUAAAAAUCACUCUCCUAAUUUACUUCUUUUUUAUAUUAUAUUUUAUCAAAGAUAAGAUGCCAUAUACA